ACCGUCGCUGUGUCGCCAUGGGCGCCGAAGCGAUGUUGAAGACUCUGCUCUACACCGUCAACUCCUUGUUGCAGCAGCGCAAAUACGAGGCUGCGCUGGCCGUCGUCAAGGGCUUCCGCAACGGAGCGGUGUAUGGAGCAAAAAUCCGUGCCCCCCAUGCUUUGGUGAUGACUUUUCUGUUCAAGAGUGGAAGCUUAAGGGAGAAAUUGAAAGCAAUUGGCCAGGCAACGUACACACAUUCUAGAAACCUGGCAUAUUUUGUAUUCACAUACAAGGGACUGAGAGCCCUACAAUCCCGAAUACAGGGAAAGAAGAUCCCAUUUCACUCUUUCCUUGCAGCCUGUAUUGGGGGCUGGUUAGUGUUUGGAGAAAAUAAUAAUAUCAACAGUCAGAUAAACAUGUACUUGUUGUCUCGUAUCCUGUUUGGCCUGUCGCGACUGGCAGUGGAGAAAGGUUACAUCCCAGAGCCAAAGCAAGACCCCUUCCCACUCUUUGCUGCCAUGGUUUGGGGAAUUGUUCUGUGGCUUUUUGAGUAUCACCGUCACACUCUACAGCCCUCUCUGCAGUCCUCCAUGACCUACCUCUAUGACGACAGUAAUGUUUGGCAUGACGUUUCUGACUUUCUCGUAUAUAACAAAAGACCUGCUAGCAAUUAG